AUGCCACCAAAAAAGAAGUUGAGACAAGAGGAUUUCCUUGGAGCAAACUUUGAAGACUUAUCGGUUGAAAUGACAUAUGGAAUGAGAAGAAAAAGAAAGGAUGCAGAAGAGAAGAAAACAUCAUUCAACCCCAGACCGUAUUUCAAGUUAUUCAUUGAUUGGCUGCUUGACCUUAGUACCCUUGAUCCGGUUUUUGAAGGUGAAAACUUUCAGGUUCUGACAGCUCUAGCAACCUCCUUCCAUGCCCUGCUGCCUCUCAAAGUUCCUGCAUUCAGGUUAUUCUCUUAGAAAAGAAAUUGUGAAAGGAGAAUUUAGUCAUGGG